CUGCACGAGUGCUUGCGCUCACCAUGGCUACAUCUACAGCCGCGAACAAGUGCCACUCAGGAUUAUCCGAUAGCGAGAGGUGGCGUGUUAUUUUAACGCCCUAUUUAGUUUAGCGCGGAAGUAUGCGGUUUUGGACGCGGCCCAAGUCAGACCGGCGGGGCUUGAACUGCAAAGAGACGAGCGGGAUAUCGCUCACAUAAACAAGUCGGCGUUUCAGACUGGUACAGGUACAGAGUGAUGCAGGUGGAUCGUCGUUGGACGGAGGUUUUUAAUGGCUCUGUGCGCGAGACCGUACGCAGAGGAGAGGAGACGUCGAAUCCCAUGAAGAGUUCGUACCUGUCUGUCGCUCCCUCCGCACCACGAUCCCAGCCGCUGGCGAUCAGGAGCAGCUACAGCUCCAGAGGAGAGUUCAGACCUUCAUCGAUGCCGUCCAUUCCCAACCCGUUCCCUGAGCUGUGCAGUCCAUCGCACUCUCCGGUCCGGGUCGGCUCGCUGGUGGGAUGCGCCACACCGACCGACGAAGACACGCACGUGGUAAGGGUGUUCGGCGAGGACACGCACAGCCGCUCGGUGGUCGUGUCGUCGGCGGCAACAGCGCGCGAAGUGUGCCACAUUUUGGUCGAGUCGACUCACUGUACGGAUGAAGAGAACUGGGCUCUCCUCGAGCAGCACCCUUCACUAGGGCUCGAGCGCUGCCUCGAAGACCACGAAGUGGUGUCGAAGGCACAGUCCUCCUGGCCACCAGACGGUGACACCAAGCUGCUCUUCCGCAAAAACUACGCCAAGUACGAGUUCUUCAGAAAGCCAGCGCAAUAUUUCCCGGAGAACAUGAUUUCCGACUGCACCGACGUCAAGACGGGAAUGACUCCGUCGCAGCUUGUGCAGAGUAUGCUGAAGUGCGGCUCGUGUCCAGAGAUUCAGGGCUACCUGCAUGUACGCGAAGCAGGAAAGAAGUCUUGGAAGAAAAUGUACUUCAUUUUGCGACGAUCUGGACUUUACUGCUCCACCAAGGGCUCGUCUAAGGAGCCUCGACACCUUCAAUGUGUAGCUGAUCUCGAGGAUGUCAGCGUGUAUACCGUCAGCAACAGUCGGAAACUCUACAGCUCACCUAAAGGGCACACUUUCUGCAUGAAGACUAGCAGAGGCAGAUUUCACUCUCAGGAGCUUAAACUGUUGUGUGCGGACAGUGAACAGAGUAAAACCUGCUGGGUUACGGCCUUCAGACUGUUUAAGUAUGGGAAGCAGCUUCAGUGUAAUUACUUGCUGGCACAGGCGAAUCCUAACCUACAGAUCCCCCCACGAAAUAACACCAAGCGCACAGACGGAGAGGAGUCGAUGGUAGCUAUGGAUUUCUCGGGGAAGAGCGGUGGCCGAGUGAUCCUCAACCCACGAGAGGCUGAGAAUGCCGAGCAGGAGGAGGGAUAUAACUGGAGGAAAAGAGAGGCGCUGCGCUACAGCCUACCAAACCAUGGGUCACGACCUCCACCUGUGCACCAGACUCAGCCCUGGUUCCAUGGCGGUGUUUCCCGGUCUGAAGCCCAACAGCUGCUGGAGGAGCAGGGUCAGGCGGAUGGGCUGUUUUUGAUUCGGGACAGUCAGCUGCACACUCAGUGUUUUGUCUUGUCGCUGUGUCAUCAGCGGAAGAUCAAACACUACCUGCUCAUUCCUUGCGAGGAGGGCGGCAGGCAGUACUACACGAUGGACGAUGGCGUCACUCUGUUCAUUGACCUACUGCAGCUAGUUGAGUUUCACCAGAUUAACCGGGGCAUCCUGCCCGUGUGCCUCAAACACCCGUGCAUACGCAUCGCUCUCUGACCCCUAAGUCUGCACUCUAUGCACACUAACAAUACGCUGUUCCAACUGAAAUGCUAUUAAAACCGGACGAGUAAUCCUACAGAAACUCGUACAUUUCCGCCCCUGCUGUUCACGCUUCAGUCACUUGGUGAUGCUGGAGUUCACGGCAUUGGGGGAUUAUAUCUGAUGAUCUGAUAGAUGAAGAAUUUUACACAGUGUAUUUUUUUUUUUUGUCAGAGAAGCCUUUUUAUUUUUCUUGCAGGUUAAUAUUUAUGAAUGAUGUAUUACGAGUGCAGGUUCAUACGACUUGUUUCUGUUGUACAUUUUGUGCACUUCUUGUUUGAUGGCUGUAAAUUGCAGGCGCGUAUUUAAAUCAGUCUUUAUGAUUUCUGUUAUGUUGUUGAAUAAACUCUUCUGUAUACUCUG